GCUUCACAAACCUCGCAUUAUUUCCGAGCAUUAUCCACAGUCAGCAUGGCUCUAGCAAACAACCGUCUACCGAUACUGCUCAUCACCUUCGCAGUGGUUACCGCAUGCAGUGCUAUAGACGUCAAUGAAAGUACAAUACUGGGUCGGCCACAGAGUCGCAUUCACGGUGGACAAAAUGCUGCUGAGGGACAGUUUCCGUAUCACGUUUUAGUGACACGAAAAGGCGAUGGUUACAUCACAGUCUGUGGCGGAGCGAUUAUCUCGAGGAAUUAUGUUUUGACAGCAGCGUACUGUGCGAAUGGAUACUCCCCUUCGGACUAUUCGAUUCGUGCCGGCACUGUCAAAUUUAAUUCAGGUGGCGUUGAAAUACAAGUGGCUGAGGUAAAAAUACAUCCGCAAUAUAGUGCGUAUAACUAUGAUAUCGCCUUGCUGAGACUGAGUAGCCCCUUAAGCUUCAAUGAUAAAAUUAAACCGGUAUUACUUGCAAGCAGAGAUUUACCCGAAGGCACACCGGCUAUAAUAACCGGUUGGGGUGGUGUAUCAAGUGGUGGAUUGGCCGACCAAUUGCAAUAUAACACGGAGUACACAUUAAAUCAUGAUACUUGCAUGGAACGUCUGAAUACAAUUCAAGAUUCAAUGCGUUGCCUCGCUAAGAGCGCUGGAAAUGGUAUAUGUGAUAGCGAUACUGGUGGUCCUGCUGUAGCGAAUGGCGUUUUAAUCGGCAUUUCGUCGUUUUACGUCAAUGCUUGCAACAGUAGUCUUCCAAAUGGUUUCACUGACGUUGUUUAUUCAAGAGAUUGGAUUCGGGCAAACUCAGAUGCCGAUUGCUCUUGUUCCGCAUAAAAGUAUAGCUCUCGUUCUUGUAGUGUUUUCGAAAAGUCGAAAUGAUAUCUUAAUAAAUAUACAUAUGUAACUGCA